AUUAAGAAACAACUACUAACAUCUAGAAUGACUCCCACCCCCCCUAAGCUCAUCGUCGGCGGCAGCAGCAGCAUAAUCAAAGACGACAGCCUCUUCUCAACACCACAACAAGUCACCUUCUCCCCCUUCUCCUCUUCACCCUUGACCAAGAAAACAUCCAUCAAAUCGACACAGCCCAACUAUACGGAAACAGCGAGGACAUCCUCGGCGCCGUUAACCCAGGGGCCAUCGGCAUGAGACAUAUCGGCAGUUUGGCGAAGUGUACUUCAUCCCGGGAGGAGGUGGGUACGCCUGCAAAGCUAGACGCUGCAAUAAUUAGGCUCUAACAAGUUAAUAGAACUAUGAUUGAUUGAUUGAUUGAUUGAUUGAUGGUGAGAAAGGGGGAGGAGAGUUCGCUGAAGU